GGAAUCUUAGCCGAACGCUAGCCAUAACUCCACUCUCCCUUGCUCUCUUUUACUCUGUGUGCUAAUCAGCAUUUGAAAGGCAGCUUUGACAGUGAGAAAGAAAAGUGAGGGCAGUGGGGAGGAGGGAGUGUAAACGAGAGAGAGAGAGAGAGAGAGAGAGAGAGGAGGGGGGCCGUACAAGCAUUUCUUUUAUAUUUACUGGUGAUUGAGGAUAGAGAGAGAGGGAGCGGGUGAAGAGACGACCGGUGCGUGCAGCUUUCCCAAGAGGAAAUGAAAAGAAAAGAAGCUCAACGAGGAAAGAGAGAGAGCCAAAGUGGGGAGCACGCCAGAGAAGGAAACAGACUCGCAUCCUCUAACUCCAGUCAUAUCAGAGGCGAUCCCGCUUGGAAAGUGAGGGAGGAGAGAGAGUGCGGUCAGUACCGCCGCUGUGCGCCCCUCAAACACACGCACACACACGCUCUUGCGGCAGCAGACCGCUGUGUAUUCGCCUGCUCUUUUGUGCCGGCAGCUGGGAUUGUUCUUGGCCCCGUCUGACCCCCUUGUCACACCCCGUGUGAGUGUGUGUGUUUGUAUGUGUGUGUGGGAGCGCGAGGGGUCCUGGAACGUGGACUGAGCGGAGGGGAGGGUCACCGGUUCGGGUAUCUGGACGGGUCCGAGGCAUCUGAGGAAGAGGAGGAGGGAACAUCUGCCCCCAAAACAGCUGGGUGGACAUGCACAUCAGCUCUUCUGUUGGGGGUCUCGGACUGACAUAGCCUCGGCCAAUCACAGCCUGAGUCAGAGGUGGCGGCCCAUAGGGGGCGUGAUGGCGGCCAUGCCGUUCGUCAGCGAGGGAAAGUGUGUGAGCGUGGAGUGGGACUUCCUACAGGGGCUUCUCGCCAAACCACCCACCUUACCCUGCUUGCAGAACUUGAGGAAGGAGAAGUCGCGCAAUGCUGCUCGUUCUCGGCGGGGUAAGGAGAACUUUGAGUUCUUCGAGCUGGCGAAGAUGCUUCCGCUCCCCGGGGCAAUUACCAGCCAGCUGGACAAGGCCUCCAUCAUCCGCCUCACCAUCAGUUACCUGCACAUGAGACACUUUGCCAGUCAGGGAGACCCACCCUGGAGCCCUCUAAUGGAGGGAGCGAACAACUGCAACAAGAUGCGGAGAACAAGUCAUUCACUGGUCAAUGACAUAUUUGAACAGCACCUGGGAGCUCAUCUACUACAGUCUCUGGAUGGAUUUGUGUUUGUGGUCAGUCAGGAAGGACGAUUUCUGUAUAUCUCAGAGACUGUGUCCAUCUACCUUGGCCUUUCACAGGUUGAGUUGACUGGCAGUAGCGUGUUCGAUUACAUCCACCCUGCGGAUCAUGUUGAAAUGGCGGAGCGUCUUGGCAUUAGGCCACACCUCCGGGCAGAGGCAGGCUGUCAAACGUCCCACGAGAGCGCUUCAAGCUCCGCCUCCACAUCCUCACUGGCCGGCACUCCAGAACCAGCACCAUCUAGUCCCCGUUCUCCAGUCAGUGAGUUAUCAGAACGUGGCUUCUUCAUCAGGAUGAAAUCCACCCUCACCAAGCGUGGCCUCCACAUUAAAUCCUCGGGCUAUAAAGUGAUUCAUGUGACAGGUCGGAUUCGGUGUCGGCCAGCUCUGGUGCCAGGCUCCUCCCGUGCCUUGCAUCGACCAAUGGGAUUGGUCGCUCUGGCUCACACACUUCCGCCCUCCACGCUCAAUGAGGUGCGCAUGGAAAGUCACAUGUUUGUCUUCAGAGUCAACAUGGACCUGCAGGUCACCUACUGUGAGAACAGGAUAUCAGAGUAUAUGGACCUGAGCCCAGCUGAGGUGGUUGGACGUACCUGCUACCACUUCAUCCAUGCAGAAGACCUAGACACCAUCAGACAGAGCCACGAAGACUUGCUGCGGAAAGGGCAGGUUGUGACGGGGUACUAUCGCUGGCUGCAGAGGAGAGGAGGCUAUCUGUGGAUUCAGUCCUGUGCCACCGUGUCCAUUAACCACAAAGCGCCCCAUGAGCGUAACGUCAUCUGGGUCAACUAUGUGCUCAGUCGCCCAGAGCUGGCAGACAUGCCUCUGGACUUAUUACAACUCCCAGAAAGCCUGAGGGCAGAGCGGCUUCAAGCAAGCUCCUCCCCAUGCGACACCUCUCCAAAGGCACAAGGCUCCACAGGGACACAACCAUUGAAAGGCAGGCCCGAGACAGACCACAAGGGGAAAGAAGCAUUCUCGCACACUGCUGCCAGCCAAUCAGAGAACACCAGGAAGAGAUUGCACCAGUCUGAUGCUGAAAGCGGCCCUCCUGUGGCAAGGAGGCGGAUGGAGGUGUUCAGGCAAAGAGAGGACAGCCCAUGUCCCUCCUCAGACCAAGCCAGUGACAGCGAGGUGGAAGAGGACGAUGAGAGGGAGAACGAGUGGGACCACAACCUCACCAGCAAACGGGUGAAGAGAGAAGAGGGGCCAUUGAAACAAGGCAAUGGGGCCAAUGGAGCAGGUAAAAUCCACAAUGGCCGUGCAGUGAUCCAGCAUCUUAAGAGUGUGGUGACCAAUUCAGGGUCGAAUAUUAAGACUGAACAAGAAGUGAUGGGAACAACUGUAGGCCCAGGUUCUGGGAGGCACUGGAGCCAAGCUCAGCCCAGCAGUGGAGGAACCAAUGGCAGCAGUCCACCUUCCCAUCCUCAAAAUUCCACCCCUACAGAAGCUUCAUCCAAGGGUCUGUUUAACCCCCCUUCCCCAACCCUGUCGCCAACCAUUCCUGCCACAUCCAUGCCCAGAGAUGAUCGGUCUAUCCACGGAGGGCGCGCUCCAGACUUUGAACUACUGCAGAGACUGACUGCAAGUGGGGCUGCAGGACAUGUUCUCUUUCACCCCCUGGCUCUUGGCCCACAGGGGCCCCAGAGUCUCUAUGCUCCCAGCACUAUUCGCUACGCCCCACCUGAGAUGCCAACAGCUCACACUGAAGGGCACCGCUCAGACCAUGUGGCCAAAACUCCCGCUUUCUUUCCCCACUUGCAAAGGAUUGCAUCUCUGCCUUCCUUUAACGGUUUUUCUCCAGCUGAACCCAUUUUUCCUCCACCUCUGCCCUUCUGUAUGAAUGGACUGAGGGGGGCAGCAGGGACAGAUGAGGAUUGAGGGGCAAAGACAAAGAGAGGAAAAAAUGUGAAGGAGAGCAUCCUCUCCAGACUUUUCUCUGUUAAUUUGUUAGUGUGUCUUCCUCUCUCUGGACAAGCAGCCAAAGCCAUAAUGAACAUAUGAAAGACAUCAUGCAACCUACACAAAGGGGCCAACAUUGAGGCCUACACCACUGGAAAUACAGGGCCGUCAUGUGAAAGGAGAGCCAAGGACGUUGUCCUGGAACCUUUGAUAAGGGUUGCAUACAAAUGUCCUCUUUGACCCCUAGGGAGAUGGGCCCACCUGUAAUUUUUUUCCAAGUCCCCAUGAAUUUAAGAAACCACACAGGAAUAUGCAAGUACUGUAUGGACAAAAGCAGAUUGGCGGCAAUUGCUAAAUAAGACUUUAAGGAAACAAUACAUAAAGCACAGUCCACAGGUACCUGACUGACAGAGGGGUCUUACUGAAAAUAAAGAUUAGAACUUUUGAACAGUGUAGAAUUUUCAUUUUUGUAUUAAAAAAGAAUUGUCUUAACAUCUUAAAAGAACCAUUUGAAAAAAAAAAAUUAAUUCAAGGUCAUAGCCAUAUAUAGAUAACGCUGAGUUGAGAGACUCCAUACAUGCAAAUGCUCCAAAAGAAUUGUUUUUUUUCCCAAGUCAUGAGCAAAUAUCAUGGACUAAUCUUCCUAUAAGACAUUUUGGGGGAUUUGGGGGGGUGGGGGUGGUAGUUAAGUGUGUCUAUUUGUCAUGUAUCAUGUCCAAGCACUUACAGUGUAUUGUUGCAUACACAUAGCACUUCAUCCAUGGCCAGACAUUCUAAUUCUCCUACUGUAAAAACCACAAGAAUUAGGUUUACAGUAGUAGUGCAAGAAAUGCGCAGAUGAUUCGGAAAACUACAGUGUGGAGAACAUUGUCUGUUAUGUAAAGGUGUAAUGUUUAAUUUUAAAAUGAAAUAUCCACUGGACGAAUUUCAUAAAGUUUGUCAAACAUGUCCAGGUCAUAUUUCACUCCAAAAUUCAAAGAAAUUAAUUAUAUUUUUUCCUGUGUUAUGACAUUAUUGAAAUGUGAACUACAAAAAAAAAAAAAAAGAAUUUAAUAAAG